AUGAGUGAGGGCGUCGGGGUCUGGAAGUACGUCGACCCAGACGCUCCAGAUUCCGACGCACUCCUCGACCCUUCCACGGCGCUCACUUCACCCUCUGAAUUCGGACGAUUAGUCGCGACCCGUAAUGAGGAAGAACUACGAGCCUACCAGACACGCUGUGAGGCGUUCGAGAACGACCGAAGAAACUGGGAAAUCCUACGCCAGGAGCUUCCAGACACAACUCCCAGCAUGACCCCUUCGACUUCCUCGAGCACAAGCAACCCACAGGACCAAGCUGGGUUUCCUUUUACAAAGCCAGCUAUGCCACCUACUUCACGCGGACAAAUCUAUCCCUAUACCGCACCCGUGAAGAGGAUCCACACGCUCGAGAGUAUUCAGAAACAAUGGGAGAUCGAAGCCAAAUACGAACAAUUCAAGGCUCAGGAACGCAAUACCGUCAACACGCACAUCAAACUCCUCGCCCAGUGGUUGGUAAAAUCAGUCAACGCCACUCUCUACGAACACGCAUUCCAGAAAGCUACCGAGGACGGCGCCAAGUUCAGCAUACAACGAAUCGUCAGACAUCUGAAGCAGGAACUUGCGCCCUCCGAAGCAGUGGUCAGGAAUGCGGUUCGAGAGGAAUACCGACAAGCCCUCAACAAAGCGAGGACCGGAAUUAACCCCCAACGCUGGUAUGAGGAGUGGCAGUCUGCUUACCUCCGAGCCAAAACGUACGAUAUUCCGGAAAUUAGCGGAGAGAUCGCCGUACUCGACUUCCUGGUUGCGGUUAAGUCCAGACUCAACCCUACAUGGGGCCAACGCACAUAUGAGACCUUCAGCGAAUCAAUGGCCUUCGGAACGCGCACCAGGACCCUCGAGGAGAUUGCGUAUGCAUUUAGCCUGGUAACCCAGGACGCACACACCAAACGGCCUUCAGGUCAAGGAGGGGCUUACUCCACUUUCGCUGGACGCUCUGACUCAGUUGACGACGCAAAUGACAAGGGUGACGUUACGUGCCCUUGUAAUCGCGCACACCCGUGGCGCCCUUCGGCGUGCCGAAAGUUGGAAUGGGCACUUACAAGCCGAAACGCCAGUGGGUCACCAAUGCGAAUGUCAAAGAGCCAUGUGGAGGAAGUCCUCGCCGCUGUCAAAUCAAGCAAGUGGAAAUCACUCCACGGUGAGCUCAAGAAAGCUGGUUGGCUGAGGAACGAUGGAACCCCCAAGAAACCUGGGUUUCCGAAAGGAUCCUCCAACCAACCCACAGCGAGCUCAUCAGCAGACCAGGACGAGGGCCACGUAGUCGCUGUACUCAUGAAGAGUCAGGACUCAGAGGUAAACGCAAUCUUCAGCACCCCUAUGGGUGGCGCUCAUCCCCUCUCCCAGAGCACAGUAAUGGACAGCUGUGGAGCAAUGCAUCUGGUCAACGACAAGAGCCUACUUGAACCCGAGAGUUGCGUGCUAUCGGGCGAUGACGACUACGUUGAAUCAGGAACUACCACACUGCCUGUUACUGCACGCGGCACUCGUAUCAUGAAGGGCGUUUUAGACGGACCUAAGGGGAAGGGAACUUGCGAUCUGAAGCUCCAGAACGUCGCUUACGUCGAGGGAUUCCAUGUCAACAUAGUCUCAGAGACUCUGCUGAACAGAAGCGCACUCUGGUACUGCGGUCUGGAUUGCACUUUGCGACAGGGAACGCUUCAUAAGAGCACUGUCAAAAAGCAGCUCAUCCGAAAGAACAAUCUAGUCUUCCUCGAAUACAAGCUCCUCCAAUCCUAUCCUUCUUCCGCAAACCUCAAGCGUGUCUUGCAGAGCCCAGCUGGUAUUAUGCUACCAGUCAGCCGUGGAAAAUUCCGUCGCUCGUAUCAACGCACCCGUGAGAGGUCUGACAGCGCGCUCCUCUGGCACCUCAGAACAGCUUCCGACGAAUACAGUGGGCAGCUCAGGGGGUUCCCUUUGAGGACCAAAACAGAGGAGGAAGUGCUUUUCGCACUGCAGAGCCUCGAGGCAGCGAUUCGUCGUCAAAAAGGGACUCCAAUAUGCUUCUUCAGAAGUGACAAUGAGACCGCCCUCCUAACCGCAAACGUCAGACGCGCAUAUGAGACGUGGUGUGGCGAGCUGGGAAUCGGAAUAGAACUUCCACCUCCACAUACGAAGGAACCCGUGGGCAACGCAGAAAGAGCAGGUCAACUCGCAAUCGCCAAAGCUCUUCGAGCACUCGGGGAAGUGGAUCUGGACUUCGGAAAUGCCAGCACUCAAGACAACUCUGUGGUCGAGGAUAGUAUUACUGUUGGAUUUUCAACUGUUCAGGACGCUGAGCAACCGACAGACGUACUCCAGGGUGCGGUUAAUGAGGCUGACGAGGCUGACAUAGUCUUGCCGUCACUACCAACCCCUGAGAUGACCCCCUUGCGCGAGCUCGGGGGUGGGGGUGAGGAAGGGGAUGCAGCAACCGGGUCACAGACGGCUCUGCGCAGUCCACAGUCCUCCCCACGAGCGCUUACACAUACCGCGGAGGUUCUCGAGCCUUUAAUUCCUGACGGCUCUCAGCAGAACGCUGGAGCACGCGGCAGACGAGGUGCCGAUCGCGAGGAAGCAAUUCCUGACGCUGAAGUCGACGUCAGCAGGGAACCCUCACAACAAACCUCUACUACUACACAAGAACAGAGCUCACAAGAACCGCCUCAUCGAGUGCCAAGUGAAGCUCCGUCAGGUCCCAGACGUUCAAACCGGGCCCGCAGACCUCCACAACGCUUCGACGGCAGCAUCUUCGCGACGCUCUUACAUUCGAACACAGAAGACGGCGAUUACCACAACCGCCGCUGGGACUGCUUUUUCUCUACCUUCAUGCCUGAUCAGCAGAAAGCCAUAGAGGAAAGUAGUGCAGGACAUACAACACUCCAUCAAGUGGUAAAAGGAGCAGUUCACAGGACCUACCUGGAGCGCUCCGGAGGAGUUCAGAAACCACGACUCACUAAAGUUGACUUCCAGAGCCCACCAAAGAAGUUCAGCGAUAUCAAACAUCUCCCACAGCAACUACAGAAGCUGCUCAGGGAUGCCAUGGACGCAGAAAUGAAAAAGCUGAGGGAUAUUGGCACAUGGGAGGAAGUCGACCGUGAUCCCAAACAAGGGAUCCCACUUCCAUUGAAGUGGGUGUACACUUACAAGCACGACGCUGAUAACGAGGUCUGCGAGGCAAACUCCAACGCGCUCUGUAUGGCCUCCGAGACUCGCCAAUUCUCUGGUUCCAAACUUUUACCUCCAUACUUCGUAGUAUGA